GCAGACCUGAGAGGACAUCAGCGCACACACACUGGGGAGCGACCGCACUGCUGCGCUGACUGCGGCAAGGACUUUGCACAGAUCGCACAGCUGAGAAUGCACCAGUGCACGCACACCGGGGAGCGGCCGUAUCACUGCACCAACUGUGGCAAGAGCUUUGCACACAACUCAAGCCUGAGAAUACAUCAACGCACACACACUGGGGAGCGGCCAUACCACUGCACCGACUGCGGCAAGGGCUUUACACAGCUCGCAGACCUGAGAGGACAUCAGCGCACACACACUGGGGAGCGGCCAUACAGCUGUGAUGUGUGUGGCAAGAGUUUCAUCAGUGCCAAUGUGCUGACCGUACACCAGCGCACGCACACAGGGGAGCGGCCAUACCACUGUGCUGACUGCGGCAAGAGCUUUGCACACAGCUCAGUGCUGAGAAAACACCAGCGCGCGCACACUGUGGAGCGGCCACACCGCUGUGGCAACUGUGGUAAGAAGUUCAGCAGUACUGACAAGCUGACCCAGCACCAGCGCCCCCACACCGAGGAGCAGCCGCACCGCUGUGCUGACUGCAGGAAGGGAUUUUCACAGAUCUCAUACCUGAGAAGACAUCAGCGCACGCACACCGGUGGGGAACGGCCACACCGCUGUGCUGACUGCGGCAAGGGCUUUGAAUAUAUCUCAAACCUGAGAGUACACCAGCGCGUGCACACCAAGGAGCGGCCAUACAGCUGUCCCAAAUGUGGCAAGAGCCUCAGCAGCGCCCAUGCAGUGACCAAACAUCAGACCACGCACACCGGGGAGCGGCCAUUCCAGUGCAAUGUCUGCGGCAAAAGCUUUGCACAUAGCUCAUACCUAAAAAUACACCAGCGCAUUCAUACCGGGGAGCAGCCGUACAGCUGUGCUGACUGUGGCAAAUGCUUUUCUCAGUUCGGCAAUCUCACCCGGCACCGGGUCACUCACACCAACACCCUUGUGUAACUACCAGGGCCAGAGGGGCUCCUGGCAGCCGAUGGGCCUGGCCCAGCACCAGCAGAUGCAGACCAGGGAGUGGUCCUGUCCCCAUGAUGCACAGCAGAGAGACUGUAGGGGCAGGGCAGAGGACUUUGCUGAGCAGUGUGGGGAAGAGCAGACAGGUGGGGGGAUUUUAGAGCAGAUGGUCACAGCCUACUCCAUUAGGGACCCCUGCAUCUAGCUGGGAUCCACCUAGGAUAUCCCCUCCUCUCAUCUCGCUGGGAUCCAGCCAAGUCUCUCUCCACACACAGAUCUAGGUAGGAUGCAGCCAAGACACAUGCCCCACCUCCCCAUCUAGAUGGGACCCAGCCAGGAUCUUUCCACCACACCUACCCUGGUUCCAGCUGGGGGUGACUUUUGGGCGACAUCUAGAGGUGGGAUUUGUAGUCCUGUCUCAGCAUAGAUUGGACUGAGGAGUGGGGCAGGACAGCCCAGUGCGUGUGAUUGGAAGGAGACUCAGGAACUGCUCAUGCCGUCUACUUUAAAUAGAAAUGGGAUGAAGAAGAACUACGUACCUAAUGUGUAACAAAGGUCUGUCUAACCCGGUGUUUCUUUGCUAUUAAAGAAGCUGAUGCUUUCAGAUGUCAUGGGGAAAAGCCUGUGUGAAGUGUAAAUCUUUAAGAUGAACCAACCAAAAUGUUCUAAGGCCUAACUGAACACGAGGCCUCGUGAACCAUGUGACUGGCAGCUGCACAAAGAGUUUCCCA